GGGUGCAAACUGCAAAGUUUUCGAUUUUAUUUAUAUUCAGAGGGCACAAAUUGUUACUGUUUAUGUUUCCUAGGGUAAAAAUGUAAAUUGUAGAAACGACGGCCGAUUUUAAUAAUCGGAGUAUUUCCUCAUAUAGGCAUUUCAGCUUUUCAUUCUAAAAAUGAUUUCCCUCCCCCUUUUCUUCCCUCCACCCGCCGGCCCGCCGCGAAACCUCUAAAAUUCGGCUACUCAGCAGCGGUGCGCCAUCUGCUUCCUGCUUCUGAUUUGAUACGCAUUUUAUAAAUUCUUAUACAGACAAUUUUGUUGACAAAUCUGCUCUUAAGUGCCGAAGAUAUUUAAGUAAAUUUCAGUCUACAGCUCCACUAUCCUUCGAUGUUCAAGAUUGCUUUGAUUAUACUAAAUGUAAAAGAUCAUCCUCAUUUGGACUUGGUGGGGUUUUAACAAUGGAUCUAAUAUUUCACCACUCUGGGUCUACACCAUCUGAUGAAUCCGCCUUGGAUUUAGAAAGAGUUUACUGUGAGCACCACCACCUGAAUCUGGCUUCACCAAGUCCACCUUUACAAUCUUUCGCCACUACAUCAGCUGGUCAACUCUCUGAAACCAAUGCUGCAUACUUCUCAUGGCCUACUUCUAGCCGAUUAAAUGAUGCUGCUGAAGACAGAGCUAAUUACUUUGGAAAUCUUUUAAAGGGAGUUUUGCCUGAAACUCUUGGUCGAUUGCCAACUGGACAACGUGCUACUACAUUGCUUGAACUUAUGACAAUCAGAGCUUUUCAUAGCAAAAUCUUGCGCAGAUGUAGCCUUGGAACUGCAAUUGGGUUCCGUAUUAGGCGUGGAUUACUCACAGAUAUCCCUGCUAUUCUUGUGUUUGUAGCUCGCAAGGUUCACAGACAGUGGCUCAGCCACAUCCAGUGUCUACCCUCUGCUCUUGAGGGACCUGGAGGUGUGUGGUGUGAUGUUGAUGUUGUUGAAUUCUCUUAUUAUGGAGCACCAGCAGCAACUCCAAAGGAACAGUUGUAUUCAGAGCUUGUGGAUGGUUUGCGUGGAAGUGAUCCCUGCAUAGGCUCGGGUUCUCAGGUUGCAAGCCAAGAGACAUAUGGAACCUUGGGUGCCAUUGUAAAGAGUAGAACCGGAAAUCGACAGGUGGGUUUCCUGACAAAUCGACAUGUGGCAGUUGACUUGGAUUAUCCAAAUCAAAAAAUGUUCCAUCCUUUGCCACCGAGUCUUGGACCCGGGGUGUACCUUGGGGCUGUUGAGAGGGCAACUUCAUUCAUCACUGACGAUCUUUGGUAUGGAAUAUUUGCUGGGACAAACCCAGAAACGUUUGUACGAGCAGACGGGGCGUUCAUCGCGUUUGCUGAAGACUUAAACAUAUCAAACGUGACGACAUCAGUGAAAGGAAUCGGUGAAAUUGGUGGUGUUAAAGUCAUAGAUUUACAGUCACCAAUCAACAGUAUAAUUGGAAAACAAGUGGCUAAAGUUGGGAGAAGUUCAGGGUUAACCACAGGGACAAUAAUGGCGUAUGCAUUGGAAUACAACGAUGAAAAAGGAAUUUGUUUUUUUACAGAUUUCUUGGUUGUGGGUGAGAACCAACAAACGUUUGAUCUUGAAGGUGAUAGCGGAAGUCUCAUUCUUUUAACAGGACAAGACGGGGAAAAACCGCGGCCUAUUGGAAUUAUUUGGGGUGGGACCGCCAAUCGUGGUCGUUUAAAAUUAAAAGUCGGCCAGCCACCCGAGAAUUGGACAAGUGGCGUUGAUCUUGGACGCCUUCUUGAUCUUUUGGAACUUGAUCUUAUCACAUCCAAUCAAAGUCUUCAAGCUGCAUUGCAAGAUGAAAGAAAUGCGUCGGCUGUAGGGAUUGGUUCGACUGUAGGAGAAUCAUCUGCUCCUGAACAUGAACAGACAUCACCAAAAGAGAAGUAUGAGCCGCUUGGGAUAGAUAUAAUAAAUCUCCAGGAACCUCCAAAAGGAGAUGAAGGUGGCACAGUGGAACAUCAGUUUAUAUCAAGUUUUUCAGAAACAUCUCCAUCUCCUCGCAAAUAUCACACUUUUUCUCCACAUGAAGAAAUUUCUGUCAGCCUACACUUGGGUGAACCCGAACCCAAGAGACAAAAGCAAUCUGACAAAUGAACAACUUUUCAUAUUCAGCUUGUAUUGCAAUUAUCUAUUCGUUUCCAAUUCAUAUUUUCAUAAUUUGGAUGCUAAAAAUGUUAUUAUAAAAAUGUUCGGUGUCAUCGUUUUUAUGUACUUCUGUUGUAUGUAACUACUCUUGAAAGAGUACCAACUAUUAGGCCACGUUUGUUCAAAAAACAAUAUCUACUCGGAGUCAUGACAAUGAAAAAUUGUUAUUUUUUGUUA